CGACUGAUCUUUCCAGCCGCCAUAUAAAGGGAAUCAAAGAUUGCUUGCCACUCACCAUCCCCACCUCCCAUACUCAGAUAACCACAAACAAAUCAGUACAUAUAGGCAAGAUGGCUUCAAACCCCAAGACCAACGAACCCUCCCAAAUUACGGGCCAGAUCAAUACCGCCAUCGGGCUGGCUGAACAGGCAGUCGGUGCGGUGAUACCCGAAGCACUUGGCUCGACCAGCUGGACAGAGUCGGGUACGGCGCUACAGGAAGCAGGGGAGAAGGAGGUGGAAGAGGCCAAGAGGAAGAAGGCUGUUGAAGCUGGUGUUGAUGCUGGUGUGGGUAAAGUCAAGUCAGCGGUGGGCUACGUAACAGGCGACCAAUCCCAACAAACUGAAGGCAACACCCAAGCCGAAAAAGCUCAAUGGGACUACAAACAAGCUUCCUCCGAUUCACCUCUGUCUGUGCCCGUACCGAGCGUAGAGGGUGUCAAGGGAAAGCUGGAGAGUGUGCAGGGGAUUGUGACGGGCGAUACGGAGAAGCAGAAGGAAGGGAACGUCAAAGCGGAGAAGGCUGCUUGGAAGGACGGUGUGUAAGGCUAAGAGGGAUAGCAUGUAUAGAAUAG